UUCUAUUUUGUUUUCAGUAAUAUUUGACGAUACCUCAUGGGGAAUAGCCGUACUGCACCGCUCGCAAUCGUCAGAAGUUGCGGGUUGCGAGUGUCCCGGGGAAGGAUCCAUUUAUUCGCUCACGGUUCGUCAAUGAAAUCAGCCGAGGCCCGAGUCUGACGGGAGGGUUUCACCUGUGUUCUUGGACUAGAGAGCUGAAUUGAAAUUUCUAGAUUCUACUGAGUUUACAAAUUACUAUUCUCAUCUGCUCGCAUCACAUACAAUUCCCCCCUGUUUCCUACUGGUCCCCAUUAUCUGGCUGUCUCGACGGAGAGUUAGGGGGAGCGGGGAAGCUCGUGUCUCCUACCUACCUCCUUCAAGAUUCGUUUGCGGUCUGUUUUCGUCUCUGAAUAAGGGAAAAUAUCGAGCGGAUCAGGGAUUGCAUUAUAUCUGAAUGCAGAAGUGAUGUGUUGGGAGUUAUGAGAUUGUCUUUAGCAUAUACUCGUGACCAUCGUGUUGCGAUACAUUAUAAAGUUGAAGAAAAGUAUUUCUCGUAGUAAAAUGCUCUCUGCUAAAUUUUCAAGACUCAGAAAUGCAAUCCAAAGAUCGAUUGUGGGGAGAGAGAGUGGAAAUCAAGAUUCUUUCGGAGUUUUGAUUGGACAAGGGAAGUUGUGGCUUGGCGGCAGUUCAAGGUCAUUUCAUUUUGUAAGCAGCUCUCUUGCUGAUUUCGGUGCAAUUCUCCGUCCUGGUGUUGCUUUAGCUACGAGCUCAGAAAUAGCUGACAAAAGAAGAACCUUGUCUUUAGUUGGCACUCUAUCUCGCACGUUUUCCAUCCCAUCAUUAUUGGGGCCUUCAUUUCAGGCGUGUGGGUACCACAGUGAUUGUGCAUUUCGUGAGUCUGCUCAAUUUUCAGACAGCAGGAAUUGUAAGCUGGAAUUAAUGGCUAUUCCCUUAGCUAGAGCAGUAGUUGGUGAAUGCUAUUUUGAUAACCUGAAGUCAAAGAGCAGCCACCAGUCACUGUCAUCAAGGAAUGACAGUAAUCUGUGGCUAGGCACAGGUUUGGAGGAUGGCAGAAAAGUCAGCAUGAGAUUGAAAAACCAUAAGCAACCAGACAGUCGUGGCAUUUAUGGUUAUUUCAUAUAUAAUGUGACAAAAACUUGGCAGAGUUAUAACCCCUGUGCAGAUUCAGGGUCAAGAGAAUUCCAUAGCGCAUCAUCAACAUGUUUCUCUGCUGGCCCUGCUCCCGAUGUGCCUUUUGAUUCUUCUGUCCGAGAAGAGCAGCUAACAAAUUCUGUGGAUUCAUCUGAUCAGAAAAGCCUUUCAGGCAAAACGCUUAAGUUAAUUUCUGGAUCAUGCUACUUGCCUCAUCCUGAUAAAGAAGAAACUGGUGGAGAAGAUGCACAUUUUAUAUGUAGUGAGGAACAAGCAGUAGGGGUGGCAGAUGGAGUUGGUGGCUGGGCAGACCUUGGAAUUGAUGCUGGAGAGUACUCCCGUGAACUCAUGUCCAAUGCAGUGAAUGCUAUUAAAGAAGAGCCUGAGGGUUCUAUUGACCCAGCUAGGGUUCUGGAAAAAGCACAUUUGAGUACUAAAGCUAAGGGUUCUUCAACUGCAUGCAUCAUUGCACUCACUGAACAGGGACUUCAUGCUAUUAAUUUGGGGGACAGUGGUUUUAUGGUGGUCCGUGAUGGUUGCACCAUCUUCCGAUCCCCAAUUCAGCAACAUGGUUUCAAUUUCACUUACCAACUGGAAAGUGGAACUAAUGGUGACCUGCCUAGUUCUGGUCAGGUGUUUUCAAUACCUGUGGCUCCUGGGGAUGUGAUAAUUGCUGGGACAGAUGGGCUGUUUGACAACUUGUAUAACAAUGAGAUAACAGCAGUGGUGGUGCAUGCCAUAAGAGCCUGCUUAAGUCCUCAAGUGACGGCUCAGAAGAUUGCUGCAUUGGCACGCCAACGGGCUCAGGAUAGAGACCGCCAGACCCCCUUCUCAACUGCUGCUCAAGAUGCCGGUGUUCGUUAUUAUGGGGGGAAACUUGAUGAUACUACUGUAGUUGUUUCCUACAUUGCCUCCUCUCAAUCUCAAGAUCCUUAACUCUUCCUCUCUGUAUCUUGUGUAUGAUACAAGUCAAUGGUGGGACGCUUGUUGAGAGAAACACAGCCAAUCAAGUAUUAAUUGUACUUGUAGAGAUUUUGCACGAAUAGGACCAAUGCUGCAUUGCAGGAUGCAGGGUAUUAUCUACCUCUUUGCUGUCU